AUGGCAGAAACUAGGGCUAAGACCACUCGAGCCCUGGAAGAGCACGUGAAGAAACAGGACUUACAGCUUUUGGAAAUUUGUGAAUGGAGGAAGCAGAUGGAGGAAAAAUUGAGCAACUGGGGAAGUUUACUUGAAGCGAAGGUGGAUAAACAGGCGACUCACUCUCAGAUGAUGUUGGCUCAACUGAACGAAUUAUUGCAGUUGAUGAAUGAACAGAAGAAGGAGAAAAAGGAGACUCCAUUGAUGGGUAAGGCUCAUAUAGCUUCUUCAGCAGGUAUUCUACCAACUCCUGGAAAAGUGCCUAAGAUAAAUUUAGAUGAAGAAGAAUCAUCUGGGAAGACAGUAAUGAGUAAAUCUGAUAAGAACAUGUGGUUGUCUCAACCAAGAUUAGAGCUUCCAAAUUUUGAAGGUAUGGCUAGUAGCAACAAGCUGUUUCAACCCCAAGUAAGAAAUCCUCAUGUGAUGAGGAACACAGCAGUGAAAGGAACAGGAAGUGAAGGUUUCAAAAGGCUGUCACCUCAGGAGAUCCAAUACAGAAGGAACAACCAACUAUGCUGGAAAUGUAAGGACAAAUGGGGACCUGGUCAUGUAUGCAAGAUCAAACAGCUUAAUGUUAUUGUGGCUGAAGAUGAUGAGGAUCUGAGAGACCUUAAUAUAAUUGAGGAAGGAGUUACUGAUGCUGGCAAUGUGGUGGUUAUUCCUGAAGAUCACAUUCAAACAAUUACUCAGAUGGAUGAAUGUUGGGCAGUAAAGGAGGAAGACCGCAAGAUAAUUGUGAUUAUUGGAUUCAUUAAUCAAGUUUUGAUAAAAAUCCUGAUAGAUACUGGAGCUUCGAGAAGCUUCAUCAAUGAUCAGUUGGUCAGGAGAAUGAGAUUCCCAACAAGGACCAUCAGGCCAUUUAUGGUCACUGUUGCUGGUGGUUAUAAAAUCAGGAAUGAUCAACUUUGUCCAGAGACUAUUUGGUCUAUCCAACAAUAUGAUUUCCGGUUUGAUCUCAAAGUGAUUGAUUUGGGAGAGUGGGACAUCAUACUGGGAACUGAUUGGCUGUCAAGGUUUAGUCCCAUAACCUUUGAUUAUGAUCGGUUUACUAUUCAUCUCAACAGAAAAGGAGAAAGGUUCUUGUUGAAAGGAGAAGCCUAUGAGACUCACAGGAGGAUUGAAGAUGUACUGGAAAAUGUAGAGUUUCAUAAGAGAAAGAGAGAGCAAUGGCAGAGGGAACAAGAGAUAAGGGUUGUGGAAUAUGGGAGAACCAGAAGAGCAACAGAGGCAGUAGGUUGGAAUGCAGAAACUAGGGCUAAGACCACUCGAGCCCUGGAAGAGCACGUGAAGAAACAGGACUUACAGCUUUUGGAAAUUUGUGAAUGGAGGAAGCAGAUGGAGGAAAAAUUGAGCAACUGGGGAAGUUUACUUGAAGCGAAGGUGGAUAAACAGGCGACUCACUCUCAGAUGAUGUUGGCUCAACUGAACGAAUUAUUGCAGUUGAUGAAUGAACAGAAGAAGGAGAAAAAGGAGACUCCAUUGAUGGGUAAGGCUCAUAUAGCUUCUUCAGCAGGUAUUCUACCAACUCCUGGAAAAGUGCCUAAGAUAAAUUUAGAUGAAGAAGAAUCAUCUGGGAAGACAGUAAUGAGUAAAUCUGAUAAGAACAUGUGGUUGUCUCAACCAAGAUUAGAGCUUCCAAAUUUUGAAGGUAUGGCUAGUAGCAACAAGCUGUUUCAACCCCAAGUAAGAAAUCCUCAUGUGAUGAGGAACACAGCAGUGAAAGGAACAGGAAGUGAAGGUUUCAAAAGGCUGUCACCUCAGGAGAUCCAAUACAGAAGGAACAACCAACUAUGCUGGAAAUGUAAGGACAAAUGGGGACCUGGUCAUGUAUGCAAGAUCAAACAGCUUAAUGUUAUUGUGGCUGAAGAUGAUGAGGAUCUGAGAGACCUUAAUAUAAUUGAGGAAGGAGUUACUGAUGCUGGCAAUGUGGUGGUUAUUCCUGAAGAUCACAUUCAAACAAUUACUCAGAUGGAUGAAUGUUGGGCAGUAAAGGAGGAAGACCGCAAGAUAAUUGUGAUUAUUGGAUUCAUUAAUCAAGUUUUGAUAAAAAUCCUGAUAGAUACUGGAGCUUCGAGAAGCUUCAUCAAUGAUCAGUUGGUCAGGAGAAUGAGAUUCCCAACAAGGACCAUCAGGCCAUUUAUGGUCACUGUUGCUGGUGGUUAUAAAAUCAGGAAUGAUCAACUUUGUCCAGAGACUAUUUGGUCUAUCCAACAAUAUGAUUUCCGGUUUGAUCUCAAAGUGAUUGAUUUGGGAGAGUGGGACAUCAUACUGGGAACUGAUUGGCUGUCAAGGUUUAGUCCCAUAACCUUUGAUUAUGAUCGGUUUACUAUUCAUCUCAACAGAAAAGGAGAAAGGUUCUUGUUGAAAGGAGAAGCCUAUGAGACUCACAGGAGGAUUGAAGAUGUACUGGAAAAUGUAGAGUUUCAUAAGAGAAAGAGAGAGCAAUGGCAGAGGGAACAAGAGAUAAGGGUUGUGGAAUAUGGGAGAACCAGAAGAGCAACAGAGGCAGUAGGUUGGAAUGCAGAAACUAGGGCUAAGACCACUCGAGCCCUGGAAGAGCACGUGAAGAAACAGGACUUACAGCUUUUGGAAAUUUGUGAAUGGAGGAAGCAGAUGGAGGAAAAAUUGAGCAACUGGGGAAGUUUACUUGAAGCGAAGGUGGAUAAACAGGCGACUCACUCUCAGAUGAUGUUGGCUCAACUGAACGAAUUAUUGCAGUUGAUGAAUGAACAGAAGAAGGAGAAAAAGGAGACUCCAUUGAUGGGUAAGGCUCAUAUAGCUUCUUCAGCAGGUAUUCUACCAACUCCUGGAAAAGUGCCUAAGAUAAAUUUAGAUGAAGAAGAAUCAUCUGGGAAGACAGUAAUGAGUAAAUCUGAUAAGAACAUGUGGUUGUCUCAACCAAGAUUAGAGCUUCCAAAUUUUGAAGGUAUGGCUAGUAGCAACAAGCUGUUUCAACCCCAAGUAAGAAAUCCUCAUGUGAUGAGGAACACAGCAGUGAAAGGAACAGGAAGUGAAGGUUUCAAAAGGCUGUCACCUCAGGAGAUCCAAUACAGAAGGAACAACCAACUAUGCUGGAAAUGUAAGGACAAAUGGGGACCUGGUCAUGUAUGCAAGAUCAAACAGCUUAAUGUUAUUGUGGCUGAAGAUGAUGAGGAUCUGAGAGACCUUAAUAUAAUUGAGGAAGGAGUUACUGAUGCUGGCAAUGUGGUGGUUAUUCCUGAAGAUCACAUUCAAACAAUUACUCAGAUGGAUGAAUGUUGGGCAGUAAAGGAGGAAGACCGCAAGAUAAUUGUGAUUAUUGGAUUCAUUAAUCAAGUUUUGAUAAAAAUCCUGAUAGAUACUGGAGCUUCGAGAAGCUUCAUCAAUGAUCAGUUGGUCAGGAGAAUGAGAUUCCCAACAAGGACCAUCAGGCCAUUUAUGGUCACUGUUGCUGGUGGUUAUAAAAUCAGGAAUGAUCAACUUUGUCCAGAGACUAUUUGGUCUAUCCAACAAUAUGAUUUCCGGUUUGAUCUCAAAGUGAUUGAUUUGGGAGAGUGGGACAUCAUACUGGGAACUGAUUGGCUGUCAAGGUUUAGUCCCAUAACCUUUGAUUAUGAUCGGUUUACUAUUCAUCUCAACAGAAAAGGAGAAAGGUUCUUGUUGAAAGGAGAAGCCUAUGAGACUCACAGGAGGAUUGAAGAUGUACUGGAAAAUGUAGAGUUUCAUAAGAGAAAGAGAGAGCAAUGGCAGAGGGAACAAGAGAUAAGGGUUGUGGAAUAUGGGAGAACCAGAAGAGCAACAGAGGCAGUAGGUUGGAAUGCAGGUUGUUUAUACACAGUCCACAUUGAAGAAGUACCACAGGAGAUUGCCUUUAUUCUUAGGCAAUAUCAAGAGUCUGAUGUAAGCAUUCCUGCCAUGUACGUUUCGUGA